CAUGUAGCCACAGGGAAUGAAAGUGGUCACAGCAGGGACAGACUGAGAGCAGAUGGCCCAGAAUAUGAGUGCUGAACCUUUGACUCGCUCUGAGGUGUUUGGACAGCUCAGGAAGGAGCUCUAUGGAGAGCAGCAGCCUAGUCAUUCCAACACACACAUAUUCAUCAUCCUGGGAGCCUCAGGAGAUCUUGCUAAAAAGAAGAUCUAUCCAACUUUAUGGUGGUUAUUCAGAGAUGGCCUGCUCCCAGACAACACCUACUUUGUGGGUUUUUCUCGGUCCAACCUGACAGUGGAAGAUAUCAAGACAGCAUGCCUGCCUCAUAUCAAGGUUACUGAUGAAGAGAGUGAGUGUCUAUCAGCCUUCUUCAGUAAAAACUCCUACCUGAGUGGCAGGUACGAUGACGGCAGCUCGUUCGCCCAACUCAACACCCAUCUGUCGUCUCUGCCUGGCGGUGCGGAUGCCAACCGACUCUUUUACCUGGCUCUGCCUCCCACUGUCUACCACCAUGUCAGCACAAACAUCAGAGCCCACUGCAUGAGCCUCAAAGGUUGGAACAGGGUCAUUGUUGAGAAGCCCUUUGGUCGUGACCUCCAGAGCUCACAGAAGCUGUCAGCCCAGCUGUCCUCGCUGUUCACAGAGGACCAGAUCUACCGCAUAGACCACUAUCUGGGCAAAGAGAUGGUCCAGAACCUCAUGGUGCUCAGAUUUGGAAAUCGCAUUUUUGGGCCCAUAUGGAACAGGAACAGUGUGGCCUGUGUGGUCCUCACCUUCAAGGAGCCUUUCGGCACUCAGGGGCGUGGAGGAUACUUUGAUGACUUUGGUAUUAUUCGAGAUGUCAUGCAGAACCAUCUCUUGCAGAUGCUCUGUUUGGUUGCCAUGGAGAAACCUGCCUCCACCAGUCCAGAUGACGUGAGGGAUGAGAAGGUGAAGGUGUUGAAGUGUAUAACUCCUGUUACUAUGUCAGAUGUGGUGCUCGGCCAGUAUGUGGGUGACCCUGAGGGGGUGGGCCAGUCUAAGCUGGGUUACCUCAAUGACCCCACUGUACCAAAAGGGUCCUGCACACCAACCUUUGCCACAGCGGUGGUCUACGUCCAGAAUGAAAGAUGGGAUGGAGUACCUUUCAUUCUGCGCUGUGGUAAAGCUCUGAACGAACGUAAGGCAGAAGUGCGUCUGCAGUUCACAGAUGUGCCAGGAGAUAUCUUUGGUGAAAGCUGUCAGAGGAAUGAACUGGUGGUGCGGGUGCAGCCGGACGAAGCAAUUUACCUGAAGAUGAUGACCAAGAGGCCAGGGGUUUACUUCAGCCCAGAGGAGACUGAGCUAGACCUCACUUACAGGAGCAGAUACAAGAAUGUGAAGCUACCAGAUGCUUAUGAGAGACUGAUAUUGGACGUAUUCUGUGGAAAUCAAAUGCACUUUGUCCGCAGUGAUGAGUUGCGGGAGGCCUGGAGAAUUUUUACCCCCCUCCUCCACCAAAUAGAGGGAGAGAAGAGACAACCCAUCCCUUACAUAUAUGGAAGCCGCGGACCAAACGAGGCAGAUGAUCUCGUGAAGAGGGUGGGAUUCCACUAUGAGGGAACAUACAAGUGGGUGCAGCCCCACACAACAUGAUGCCUUCAGUUACAUACACUCGCUCACACACACUAAGCAAGUUUACAAACAAUAAAGUUUACU